GGGCUGUAUUCUCUGCUGACUAGUUGUGAUCUCUAUGCACAACUGGAGAACACACUAUAAACAAUAAUAACCCAAACAAACCUCCCUUGCCUAUUGAUGCCGAGUCCUGUUACCAGUCAUGACAACCAGAAUAAACACAGUGAAGAAAUAUCUCACCCAGUUUCUUAUAGUUAGAAAACACUCAUCCUAUAAGAAAACAAAUGUCACGUGUUUGCUUUCAGAUGGGAGAAAAGAAGCCUAUUCCUACACUCACCCUAACAGAGUGGUCCCUAGAUCAGCUUCAAGUGGGAACUUAUUAGAAAGGCAUAUUCUGGAGCCCUACCCCAGAUGGACUGAAUCAGAAACUCCGUGGCUGGGCCCAUCAGUUUGAGUUUUAACAACCCCCAGGUGACACUGAUGCACACUUAAAUUUGAUAGUCACUGCCCUAGAUAUUGCAGGUGUGGUGCUGGAAGGACCUCGCGACCAGCUGGCUCUAUCUUUUGUCCCUAGAAUGGGUAAUUAGGGAGUUCACUGCAGUUCCUCCUGCAAAUUGGAAGGUUGUUUACGAGAGGCACGGACAUUUCGCUAUAUUUAAGGCGCAGGAAGUUGUUCCUGUACUCUCAGGUCAAGGGGUCGCUUCCCCUUUUGCCUCCGCCUGGACCAAAUCGCAGAUUGGGUUGAAUUUGAGACCCAGCAGGGGGCGCUGCUGCCCAAAAGGAGAAACCCAGGGAGCGUGGCAAGCGAAGCCCAGAAUCUUUGACAUCACACUAAGCUCCUCCUUGCACGCACACAUUAUACACACACACAAACAUAUACAGACACACGCACACACAGACGGCGUACUCCUCUCUGGCCGCUCGCUCCCACUACCCCCGAGCCGGCCCCUCCCGCGGCAAGCGUGUGCCCGGCGCAGCCACCCGGCGAAGCGAAGAGCGCAGCGCCCGCAGCCCGAGGAAGCGGCGCUCAGCAGUAGCGGCCGCCUCGCCUGCAGCCGGACUCGCUCGCCCGAGCGCUCGGCGGCGGCGGCCGGGACACCCUCGGCAGCACCCCGGGCUUCGAGCAGCGGCGCCCGCGCCCGCCGGGGCUGGAGGGCGCAGCGCCGCCACCCCGCACGCUCCUGGCCCCCGUGUCACCCCUAUGAGAGAAGGAGAAGCCGGGCGAAGGAGCAGGACGUUGGGCAGCUGGACUCCUCGGCAAGCGCAGAGCGCCCCCUCCUCCUGCGCCCCUCCGGGGCCCGUAAGCGAAAUGCAGCCGCCGCGCUCCGGCUGAAAGGGGAAGGGGCCGGCACCAUCCGCUCGCCCGGAAUCCGGUCUCCGCGGCGACUGCGUGUCCCGGCCGCGGCCCCUCGGGCCCGGGAGAGGAAUGGUACACCGCCUUCGUGAACAUCACUUACGCCGAGCCCGCGCUGGACCCCGGGACCGGGGCGGCGGGCGGCGGCGGCGGCACCGAGCUGCACACCGAGAAGACCGAGUGCGGGCGCUACGGGGAGCACUCGCCCAAGCAGGACGCCCGCGGGGAGGUGGUCAUGGCCAGCUCGGCCCAUGACCGCCUGGCCUGCGACCCCAACACCAAGUUCGCCGCCCCGGCCCACGGCAAGAACUGGAUAGCCCUCAUCCCCAAGGGCAACUGCACGUACAGGGAUAAGAUCCGGAACGCGUUCCUGCAGAACGCCUCCGCUGUGGUCAUCUUCAACGUGGGCUCCAACACCAACGAGACCAUCACCAUGCCCCAUGCAGGUGUAGAAGACAUCGUGGCAAUAAUGAUCCCUGAGCCAAAAGGGAAGGAGAUAGUAAGCUUGCUGGAGAGAAACAUCACUGUGACGAUGUAUAUCACCAUCGGAACCCGGAACUUGCAGAAAUACGUGAGCCGCACUUCGGUUGUGUUUGUCUCCAUCUCCUUCAUUGUCCUGAUGAUCAUUUCCCUCGCAUGGCUGGUCUUUUAUUAUAUCCAGAGGUUUCGAUAUGCAAAUGCCAGGGACAGGAACCAGCGCCGCCUGGGAGAUGCAGCCAAGAAAGCGAUCAGCAAGCUCCAGGUCAGGACCAUCAAGAAGGGUGAUAAGGAAACAGAGCCAGAUUUUGACAACUGUGCAGUUUGCAUUGAAGGGUACAAACCCAACGACGUUGUCCGGAUCUUGCCCUGCCGGCAUCUUUUCCACAAGUCCUGUGUUGACCCCUGGCUUCUAGAUCAUCGCACCUGUCCCAUGUGCAAGAUGAACAUUCUUAAAGCCCUAGGGAUCCCGCCCAAUGCUGACUGCAUGGACGACUUGCCCACCGACUUCGAGGGAUCUCUGGGAGGUCCGCCAACCAACCAGAUCACAGGCGCCAGCGACACAACCGUAAAUGAAAGUUCGGUCACUUUGGACCCUGCUGUCCGGACUGUGGGAGCCUUGCAGGUGGUCCAGGAUACAGAUUCCACCCCACAGGAGGGAGAAGUCAUCUAUACUACCAACAUCAUUUCAGCACUCAAGGGGAAGGUGCAGAACAGAUUGCCUGUAGAGUGGAGAUGGAAAAAUCUGGCAUUGAAGGAUCAUCUUCAGCUCCCAGGAGGAAAAAAAAAGGAAAAGCAUUUACAAAGCAAAGGAACUCCAAACUUGUUGCAAGUCUGACAUUUGGAGAGAAAGACGUUCUUGUCUGCAUAUCUUUAAUGUUUCUGACAUUCCACCUUUUAUAACCUCGCUUGGCAGUCUCAAAUCACACAGUGUUUGCCUUCCACCUCCAUGCGAGGGGUCAUUUGUAAGAAUGUCCAAGUGUCCCUCACGAGUUGUUAUCUGCAUGCUUGACUGCACCAAAAAUACACUUUGUCUCCUGGCUCCCCAAGCCCGGGCUGCAGAUGGUUGGAUUUGCUUCAGCAGGGAAAAAAGUUCCUCGGGACCAAAGGAAAAUACAGCUAAACAAACAGUCUUUUGUGUUCAGAGACUCCAGACAGGAGCUAGAGAAAGAGACAAAAGAAGAUUCUGUUACUCCUUCACAAAAACAUACAGUGCCACUCUCCAUCUUCUCAAGAGGGUCUGAAACCUCCCCUUUCUUUUUGAAGGAAGUUGUUGACACCACCAUCCAUUUCCUUUGUUGAAUCAUUACACAAGGCCUCCGGUCCUGCCUCUAGAUCAUUACCCACUUGCCACCCCUUCCACCUCAAACUAGAAGGAACCAACAGUGGGCCCAUAGGGUAGAGGGUGGAGGGAUCCGGUGAGCUGGGGGCCGGAAAGGGAUGUGGAGAUGGAUGGAAUCAUGAUAUCUCAAAUCUGCCCCAAUACAUUCUGAGGAGCACAUGGCAUAAUGUGUUCGGCCAGGAGAUCUGGUCUUCAAACUUGACAGAAGGAAGCGGUACACGUGAAUUAGUAUGUAGGCUAAAACUUGGCCAGUUGAAGUGAAAUGUGGGGUGGGUUUCCUCUGGGAAACUUCCUGUCAACUCUGAUCCUUGAGGGAAGUAUAGUGCAUCUAAUGUGUUGAGCAAACAUGAGUUUUGAUGUAUUCAAAAUGCAUCUUUCUUUUUGCUGCACUGCCACAACUGUGUUAAGUGGUUGUAAUAUUCCCCUGCCCCUGGAUGAAAAUUCCAGCAGGAAUUUUCUGCUCACACUUAAUUAACUGACAGUUCUGAGUCCCGUUAGGUUCCAAACACAGACAAAAGAAUUGUUUUUCUGCAGGGCCCUUUCCCUUAUAAUUCCUGUGACUCAGGACAGAGGGCUCUCUGUCGCUUACACACAAGGCCGCCUGCAGCCCCUGUGCAUCCAGCCCUCCACUUGUAGCCUCUGUCGUCUGAAGUGCCCCUACCCUCCAAGAGGUCCUUUUGGAUAGGGCCCAAGUUGAGCCCAGUCCUGCUCCUGCUCGCUCUCCCUUGUGGCCACCUCUGGGACACUCACACAUCCCCUGCCUUGACAGUCCUUUCCAGUACAGCAGCUGUCUCCAGCCUCUUACCCCUCACAGGCCAUCCUUCUCCUAUUUCCAGACUCCAGCCAGGCAUGAAGGAGACCUGCGUCCACAGUCAGCUGCAGCUUUUCUAAGGCUUGACUCAAUUCUCUCCGAGUCCCACCUACAGGAAACACAGUUCGGAAUCCCCUUGGGGUUCUCUUGCAGUAACCCCUCACUGGGCGUGGGUGGCAGAGCAUCCCCACACUUUUUGCUGUAGGAGUGGCAUUCAGCAUGACAGUACUUUAUCCACGGUCAGUCUCUUUACCAAUAUCCCCACCUUCCUCUUUCUCCUUUUUAUUGUCUCAAAAAGGGUAAUAGGGUCAGGAAUCACAGAACAGGUUUCCCUUCAUAAACAUUAUAUAUCCGGCAGUGGGGCGGGAGCAAGAGCAGCGGGUGGAGGUGGGAGAUGCCGUCUCAUCCUUCUUUGCUGUCCACGUCUCUUCAGUGGAAACUGAGGCAGGAAGAGUCCCAUGAGAGUUCCAGAGACUCAGUUCCUGAACGUCUCGAUGACCUUCCCUGGAGGCCCACAUUCUUAGCUGAUAUCUCUACUAAACUUUGGUCUUUUUUCAAAGAACUAGAGCUAGGUCAACCUUUUUGAGAAAAAAUAUGCUCAUACUCUUCAAAAUCCACUCAUGAGACAAAAAUAAUUAUUAAAACACAGCUGAAACUGCAGCCCAGAAAAAAGUCCUUUUCAGAAAAAAAGCUGUUAACAGCUAUCGCUCCGCUCAUCAGGAGCUCUCCAGGGACCCAUGCUCUGGACUGAUUAUGGAACAAACUUCCAAAGCGUUCAUUCAGAGACUUGUGUGUAGUGUCUGAAGUGACCCGUUUUCUCUUCUUUGAGGAACUCAGUAUAAACCUCUCUGGAGAUUCUUCAUUCCUAAAUCACAUUCUCUUAAAAUGAGGCCAGAAGUGACAUCCACUCUUGUAAUUUUCAAGUUCUAUAUUUAUUAUUUAGGGAGCAAUUGAUGUGGUCAGAACAUUUAUAUUCAAAAGAUUUAAAUGCCCCUAGGCCUGCUCCAACCACAACUUGGACAUGAAAACAAAAGAGCUUGUAUUCAGGACCUUCCCAGGGCACCCGAUUUUGAACCUCUGAGUCAAGACAACUGAGAGAAAAAGGGAGAGUUGGCACGAACAUCACAUUUCUGCUUCAAAUGUGCAACGACGCUUUGCUACAUCUGCAAAGCAGCAAUUUCCAGGUUUUAUGUGACUGCAAAAUAUACUGGUACCUCCAGAAAUAAACAUAUCUAGAUAAAGCAUUCCACUGUUUAUGAGGGAGGACGAGAGUAAGUAGCCACGUCUGCUUUUUUGGCUUGCAUCAAAGCCUGAAAUGGCAAAGCAGCUACCCUUGACUGUGGAUAAAUAUGCUGGCUGGAACCAGCAGAGAAUGAUCUCCCUUGGUGCCCAUAAGAUUCACAUUAGCCCUGGAAAGAUAAUUGCUUUGAUUUGUGAGCAUAUUCCAUUGCGGCAGACAACAGAAUCAGCCAACCCUUUAAGAUUUUAGACCCCACUGUCGUCUCCCCUUCAGGAAAUAGUUAAGCCAUAGCGGACUACUUCUAUACAAAAGGGAGCAUUUGCAGAUUGUGACACUGCUCCCACAGUCCUUCCCAUGCCUCAUAAUGUGCCAGGUCCCUGGAACAACAUCUCUCCCUUGUUUCUGAGCCCUCAGCUCACCAGCUCAGUGAUAGCUUCAACAGAUGGACAGCUGUUAUGAAGAGCAAAAAUCUUUCCCAUAAGCACGUGCCUUGAACAUCAAGUGACUCAGGUGGCAACUAUCCAAUCCACAAGCCACCAGGUUUACCAUGAUAAUGCUGCUCCCCAAUGAAAAGCCCUUGCCAAACCAACAGAGCCCACUCAGGGCCAGACUCCCAGGGUUUUUUUCCCUCUCUUGUGCAUCUGGUGCCUCUGAAAGGGAGUAUUGAGGAUCCAGAUUCACAAACAGCCUGUGAGGGAAUUAAUCAAUUUAGACUACAGAUAUAUUGCUGCUUGGAGCACUCAGCCCGGGCAUGACACACACCAUCCACUCGGAAGAGACUUGUCUUCCUGAAAUGAAGUAACUCAGCCAGCAGACUAAAUCCAUCCAUUGCUGGGAGAUUGUCUCAGAUGCUCUGAGUUGCUCACAGAUAGCACCAUCUCCAGUUUGAUUAAUUCCUCCCAAGGCUGUCUCACUUUUUGUAUGUGUUGAGGCUCAGCAGCUGUUACAAGAGUGAGCUCAGGAAAGGGCUGUUGAGCAGAUCCGCAUUUUACCAGACAUUGUCACACUGAACAUGGAGCUCAGCAGGAGGUGACAGCUGAUGGCAGGAAGCACAAUUGGAGGGUCAGUACUUUUUCAAAGUUUGAGCAGUAUCCAGUGUCAAUAAGAUAAUGUUUCUCUUUGCAUUUCAGUUCUAAAGCAAAUCAUAGGGAAGUCCCAUCAUUCAGAGAUUAAGAAAACAGGAACAGCCAAAAAUGCCUUUUGGAUGACAUAAGAAUUGGCUCUGAAAAUUGAGUGUCUCGGUUCUGUAAGCCAAAAUGUUUCAGAAAUGAAAUUCAGUGGUUCAGAGAAAAAGAAAAAAAAAACAGCAUAACUACCAAAACAUUACUGGAGCUACAUGAAGCAAGAUGAUACAAUGGAAACACCACUAGCCAGAGGCAGGAAAUUUGGGCCUGAGUCCUGAUGUGGCCUCCAAUUAGCUGUGUGACCUUGGGCAAGUCACAUACCCCUUCUGCACUUUCAUUUCCUCAAUUGUCAAAUAAGGCACUGUACUGGCAGAUGAUUUCUGAGAUCCUUUCCAGUUCCAUAACUCUGUGAUUAAAGUUAGAGUCCCUCUCUUGGCACCCUUCUCAGUCUCACUGGGAAAGGUACAAUCAAGCUCUUGCAUCCUCACUUACAAGCCCUCCUUCCUGCCUUUAUUCCAGCACCACUAAGCCCACCUAGCAAGGAACUCUGCCCUGAGCUCUCUCCCUACUGCCACAUUGUUUAGACUAUAGAGGGUCACAACGAGACUGUAGCAUCUGCCCAGCUCCAUAUAAAAUGAAUGAUUGAGAAGACAGUGGGUGUAGGCAGCUGGAAGAGCAGCACAGCAUAGCCCAGAUUCCUUCUAGGAUUCCGACACACAGUGGACCCUGUCCUCGGAACGUUAUGGACUUCUGCUCACAGAGGCUCUUAAAACAGUCCCCACCUGGUUCUGAUACUGCCUUUAGUGUCGAUUUUAACAAUAACUGUGGUGGCAAGUCAUGUAAACCAAAAUGCUAGGCAGAGCAGCUCUUCUUUAUUAUGUUUUAAUACUGAUGCUAGACAAUGAGCAAAUAAUACUAGCAAAAAGCACUGUGUUUCUUCAGUAGAUAGUGGUGUAGGUGUGAAGGCUGUGUUUAUGUACUUACGUGUAUGCGAAUACACUUUGCUAUUUAGUCCCGAGGUUUAUACAUACAUAUGUAUGUUGCAUUUUUAUACUGCUUUUUAUUUUUAUAGUAAAUACCACAUAUAUUGUCUCAUUUUCUCAGGGAAGUAGUAAAAAAACAAAACUCUGUGACAUUGUUUGGAAUUGGUAUUACUUCCAUUUUACAAGUAAAGGUACUAAGGUACAAGUACCACUUUCAGAGUUGUUGGUCCCAAAUUGAAGAAGAAAUCCCCUCUCACUGGACCCCAGUUCCGGGAUUCACAGUGUAUGUGAAUCACAUAUACACACAUUUACACUCGGUAUACACACAUUUUGUAUUAGCAUCCACCCCUACCCCAGAAAAAGGUGCUUUUUCCUGUAGUGAAAAUAUUGGCCUUGCACAGAAUACUUGACUUCAGAAAAUGUGUAUAGUACCAAACUUUUAAGACUAUUUCCUUUUUGCAUGCAUGUUUGUAUUAUACAUGCAAUAUACUAAUGCAGAGGCUUACUUUAUAAGCUAGUGACUUCAGUUUUUAUAGUGAAAUUACUCCCCAGUGCUCAAGCCGAUAACUUGGGGCUACUCUAUAUUCACUCCACUCUAUUGCCCCCCCACAGUAAGGCAGUCACCAACCCGUGUUCAUUCUGCCUUUUAAAUCUGUCUCCAUGUGCCAUUUCUCUCUGCCACUGCUAUCAUUCAAGACCUUAUCAUCUCCAACCUUGAUUUUUGCCAUUUCACUCCCUCUGUUUCUAGUCUUACCAUCCUCCAGUCUGUCCUCAUCUUGCUUCCUGGGUAAUCAUCUGUUGAAAUCUGAUUUUGUCACCAUUUUGAUCAAAACAUUUUUAUCACCUCUGAGUUCAGAUCUGAAGCUGACUAAUCUCAACAAAUCAUGAAGCAUUUGGCCUCUGCAUAUCUCUCCCAGAUUUUACACCACUCCCACUUGACACUUUACACAGAAGCAUUUCUAAGCCACUAGUGGUUCCAGACACACUGUUCCUGACGCCUCUUCCUCCACCUUCCAAGUCAUGCGUACCCUUCAAGCACAUCUCAUCUGCUGUAUUCUCUGAGAUGUCUUCUGUGCUACUCCAAGCAGAAUCUGGUGCCCCUUCACCUGCAAUUAUCUCCUUUCAAUUCUGUUACAAUUUCUUAAGAAAUUGUCUAUCACCCCACUAAACUUAUAGGUCCUUAAAGGGUUUGGACUCUGGCUUUUCAUCUUCAUGUUCCAAAAUCCAGCAGAGUUCGUGGCAUACAGUUAGACAGUAAACAUCAGUUGAAUGAAUGAAUGAACAUGCUGAAUUUUAAAAGAAACAAACAAUAGCAAUAGUUAGGAGAUGGAAGAGACUGUGUUGCAAUAUAUAUUUGCACUUUGUCUGCUAAUGAAAAGAAUAUAUAUAUAUUCUUGCAUGGAUAUUCAAACUGAACUGAGGCACCAGUAAAUGAGCCUCCCUAGAAGCCAGUUGCUCUGGACAACACUGUGACCCUAUUCCCAUGUGACAGGAGCACAAAGGCUAGCCUGGUCCCCCAUCACGAGGAAAGAGGGAGACUAAUGUCUUGUAGAAAUGGAUUGAUGAUUUAUUAUUUAUCAUUAUUGAUAUUGUGCUCCACAGCAGAAACAGGGGAUUAAAAGCAGUGGAGAGAGACGAAGUGGCAGAAACAACAGCAAAGGGAAAUGUGAUGGGGAAAGACUCUAAUGCCUGACUGUGCAUCAAUUUCUGCAGAUGCCCGGGAAAUAUCAUAAAACCAAGAGCCCAGAAACCAGUGCAGCUUAAAUGAAGCCCUUCAUUUUUGUUUUAUACCAUCAGCACUAUUUUUAUUAUUUUAUAUUAACCCAUGAUGAGUGAAGGUGACCCUACAGAGAGAUAAUAUAGGCUGGGGGAAACUGGCUGACUUUGGCAUUGGACAGAUCUGGGCUCAAGUCCUGGCUGGACACUGACUUAGUAGCUGUGGCCAACUCACUUAACCUCCCUGGGCCUCAAUUUCCUCGUCUUUAAAAUUGUCCAAAUAAAAUCCACCUCACAGGUUUAUUGUAAGGGUGAAAUCAAUUGAUGUCUAUGCAGCUGCUGGCUCAGUGCCUGGCAUUCAAUAAAUCAUGAAUGUUAUCUCUCUCCCCACUCCACACACCACCUCCCCAUGAGAACACACAUUGGACUGACACGUCCCAAGUACUCAUUGGUGCAACUGAAAUGUCUUGAUAUUGUAAAAAUAUCUACACAGUCCCCUUCACAGAUAGAUUCCAAGGCCUGAGAGCUCUAGCUUGUAUCCUAAACCAUCUGCCUGUGGGGAUGAAAACUGACAUUACCUUGCUCGUCUUCAAUUACCGUAAUUACUUUACUUCCUGAGCCAGAACUGCAUGCUUGCUUCUAGUUAUUUAUCUUUUUCACUAAUUGAUCAUUUGAGUGCUACUGAGUUAUAAACUGCACUCUUUAUUACCAUGAUCUCAUAUAAAAUAAUGGCUGUCCUUAUAACACCAUUUACAGAGAAACCUCUCAGGUUAGCAGCAUCACUACUAGGCAGCCCAUCCAUCAGUCAACAACCCAUUAGUGUCAGUUCCUAGAAAGUCGUAAUUAUGUGUUUCUACACGUGGCUCUGUACUGGUUAUACUCCACAGACAGUGGCCUUACCAAUAAUCUUAGCGUUUUGAGUUUACAGACCUACAGACGAAUACCCAUGGAAAAAUUACUCAUUUCAAAUUUACUAAGUCUUGAUGUUCUUUUUGUGUUUGUAAGUUAAACCUCAGGGAACAGUUUGGAGCAAAAAUUUUAAGAGUACCCAUUGAUAGAAACCUCCAAGUUUGUGGCAAUUCAGUCUCACAUCCCCAAAGAGAAAAUCUGCUAGGAGACCUUUUAAAAUACAGAUGUACCUAACUUACCACUUAUGUGGUGGUCCUUACUGCACUUCCUUCCGCCCUUUGGGGGAAGAAUUUGCAGGGAAACUUCUGGAGAAAAGAAAAUAUAUUGUGGUUAAGUGAUUUCACCAAACUCUCCCUCAUGGUUCCAUCUGGGACACAGCUGUGGUGAUUACCAGUCAGGUCACAUUCCACUUGGUCUGGGUAAGUCUGAGAAUGCCAGGAUGAUAGGAAGACUGUCCUUCCUCCUCAUUCUGGAGGCUUCCUGUGGAGCACACACCAGCACACCAGGCUGAGAAUCAAGCCAGGUUCCCUACACGCACACAUGCAUGCAUACAUGCACACACAUACACACGCGUACCUACACUCUCACAUGUACACAUCCACGUCCAUGCACACACCACCACCAAUGCCCAGGGCCUUGGCUCAUCAGCCAAAACCACUAGGAAUUAAAUCUCUAGGAAUUCCCAGGAAUUGUUCUAGGCAGAGGUAGCAAACUGAUGUCACAUGUGACUCCUUAUGCCUGCAGAUGAGUUGGGUUUGGCCCUGAGAAUGCUUCUAAAUACAUUCAACUAGUAGCCAACACUUAAAUAUGGUAAAGUUUUACAUACAAAUCUGAAUUUCUAGCUAGAAAAAGUUGCAAGAAGCAGCAAUCCUGGGCCUCUUUCCCUUCAUGGCGGCAGUUGGCAGGACCUGAGUCGUGGCAGCCCAUUGAGCCAAGGCAUGUCCUCUGCAGUUCACAGCUCCGUGACCCCAAAGCUAGGGACAGGUUCAGGUCAGCAGUACUUCCUCCACAUGCACUGGUGUCUAAGGGAAGAUCACUGUUUCAAAUUUCCUGUUAGGUCUUAUGAAAAUAAUCCCUAUUGGUAAAAUCAUGCAGUGCCACUGUAUGUGUGUGUGUGCCUGUUAAGUGACAGCAUCCACAAUUAAUACUCCCACCCGUAACUAAUGUUCACAGCAGGAAGGAACAACGAGUAGAUUUACGGACUAAAGUUCCAUCAAAAUUUUUUUGUCAAAUCAUUCGUAUAUAUAAAUAAAGACUUAUGCCUUCAUCAGAGCUGUCAGCACAAGAAAGUAUUGGCUGCACUUAAACUCCUGCUGUGCAACCAGAACAGUGGACUGAAUUUUUUAAGGAAAAAUAAUACCAUAAUAAUACUGCAACUGUUAUUUAAAUAAGAAGUUAAUUAGAAAAUUGGAUUUGGAAAUCAAAGUUCAAGCGGGAACACAGUGGACUAAAAAGCAUGUCUUCCCUGUUAUGCAGUUGAGGAAGAUUCUUGCAGUUGGGUAAGUAAACACAUACAUGUGUGUACACACAGGCAUGCAUAUGUGGAAGCAUGUGUGUGUGCACGUGUGCCAAGAACACUGUACCUGCGUAUACGCACAAACGCAUAUGCAUAUACACAUGUUCAAACCUGCAUCAUAUGUAGCAUGUGUACAUACCUCAAGCAGUAUUUUACACACAUACACAUCUGUACAUUGAUAUGACAUACAUGUGUGCACACAUACAUAUGACUCAUGCCAUCAACUUCAUGUCACAGUAGUUAACCAUUUUCAGCGGGAUAAUUGAAGUUUCUGCUUGUGAUUCUCCAUUUAUUGCUGCUGGAAAUGAAACUCUAGUUCUAACUUGGCUCAUCAGGGAGAGAACCACUCCCCAAACAAAUUUAUGUAUCAUUUUGUUUCUUUGAUGGACCUAAAGGAUCUCUAAUAUCUGGGAAAAGGAAAUGUGCCUCUAGCAGUUAGGCAGCCCCUCAUUUUAGGUACCAUGUAUUCCUAGCACCCGUGCCCUCGACAGAACAAUACACUUUACAGCCAAUUCACAGUUGUACGUGUCUGUGUUCACUCUGAAUGAGAGUAUCAUCUUCAGCUGGUGAGGCAUCAGGGGACAUGACAGAUGGUAAAGGUGCUGGGAAGUAAAGGGUGGGUCUUUAUUAGACAGCAGAGAGAGGUCUUGAAAUUUCCUGUCCCUCAUUCAUACCCCUGAAAAUAAUGUAAGUUCACAGCAGGAGAGCUAAGUCAAGGCCCAGCCCUGCCACCCGCUGCCUGUGUAACCUUAGGCAAACUACUCAACCUCUCUGUGCCUCCCUUUCCUCCUCUGUAAAGUGGAAGUAGUAAGAACAGUUACCUCAUGGGUUAAAGGUAAUGAAAACUCUUUAGAAAAGUGCCUAGUUUGUAACAAGCAUUCAAAAAACGUUCUUUCUUGUUAACUACAGAGGAAAUGGUAGAGGGAACUCAGACACUAGUAAGCAAACACCAUGUGCCAAGGAUCUUGCAGAGAGCUUUCUUUACAUAUUUUAUUUAACCUUUACAAUUACUAUCACUCUUGUAUGUAUAAGAUGCUGAAGUGGAGAGCAGUCAAGGAACCUCACCAGAAGUCACACCUUGAGUAAAUGGCAGCUGGGGUGAGAGCUCGGUCACCCCCUCCAAAGUCCACGUUCUUUCCAACACACUGGAGUUUCUCGAGUGUGGUCUGAAUACCCACUGGGGCUGUAAUUGCAAUGCAGAGCCCUGCGCCCCACCCCACGUCUGCUAGACCACAAUUUUCAGGUGGGCUGAGAAUUGAGAUUCUUACCAAUUCUUUCUAAAACCAGAGUUUGAAAAUUUGUGUCACUGCCCCUAGGAUGCCUGCCCAAGGGAAACAGACCCCAGACGACUCACACAUCCUAAGUGUUGUCUUCUCCCUACCAGCCAUUUACAUUUUCUCUGCAUCCCUGAUAGUAAUUUUAUUCAGAGGCCCUGGAGUUGGAACAUUCUCUUCAACCCAACUAACUUCACCUAUUUCUUGUUGCCUUAGCUUUGGGAAUCUCCCAGCUGGACACUUGAGUGCAAUGUUACAUGUUUGGUCCUUGGGUAGAUCCUUCAUAGACCCCACACUGUCUAUCCAUGCAUACAUGGUCCCUGUGACACGGAUCCCAAUCUCAAAAGAAAAUCCAUAGAGGAUACAAGUCCAUUUUUAUUCAGUCCUGCCUUGUUUGUGAUCCUGAUGGAGUUUAAUCCUGGCAGCCAACAUGGCUAGGUGGGCAGAGGCCACUGUCUUUUUAUUGUUAGAAUAAUUGCUCCUUUGCUCAGGAAACAUUGUGGACCUGGUAUGUGACCUACACCCUGUGGUGUAAGCAUUCACUUACAUCUUGAGCAUAAGCAGUAACUCCAGAAGCAUCAUCUGGUAGAAGGAAGUGCUUUCUCUAGAGAAAAUGCUUUAACAACCUGAGACACUAAAAUAGAUCCUUGAUCCAGUAGAGUAAAAGAUGAAUUUGCAAAGAAUCACCAUUGGUUUUCUCAGAUAUAUAAUUUUACUGAGCAAAGAGGUCUUUAGUGUCAUAAAAUGAACUGCUAAAUGAAAAAGGGUAAGGCAACAAGGUUACAUUUUAUGGUUCCAUGGGCUUCCUGGCAGCUAAGAUCUGCCACACAGCACUAAUUAGCUGGCAACGGCAAAGCGGCGUAAUCUGCCACGAAAGAUACAGCGUAGAAAAUAUGUUUGGGGAGCUGAAUACUUGAAAGGAGGUGCUAAUGGUUGGAACUCUAUCUUUCUUUGUUUUUAUUUUUCUAUCUUUGCGAGCAGUUACAGUUAUGGAACAUGUGGAGCCGUGACUUAGCUCCCAUAAAGGAUAUAGCGAAUUUCUUAGAGUCAAAUAAUGUUUUUAUCCUCUUAGGCAUAUUGCUGGGUCUUUGCCUCUACACUGAUGUAUGUCUAUGCUUAUGAUAUGCUCAUCUUCUACUUCCAGGGUUCUCUCGGCAGCUAAAUAUGCAUCCCCCCUCUUAGAGAAACCCUAUCUCUAAAAACACAGCCGUAGAGGCUGACCCAAUGGCCUAGUGGUUAAGUUCGUGUGUUCUACUUCGGUGGCCCAGGGUUCAUGGGUUUGGAUCCC